AUGACUAGCCCAGAACAUGGUCGAGCAUCAAGGCAUGAAGACAGCGGACUGAUGUCAGACGAAGAUUUCUAUGAUGCUCACGAAGACUCGGAUGCAGGUGGUUCACGCCAAGGCUCAGCAGCUUCAAACGUACCUGCGUAUUAUGUAUCUCCCAUUCACGAGAUGGCGCAUAAGUGGACUGACUCAGACGACAGUAAGUACAUUGUAAAAAAUAAAGACACCGGUGAAGUCUUCGACAUUCGAGAUCUCGCCAGCAUGCCAGCAAAUUCUUACUCGAUUUUUCCGAACGAUUUCUUAGCUCCGCAAGAAGAAGACGUCAAACGAACAAAGAGCAGGCGACCUUCGCUUACAAAAAUCAUGUCCAAGUUUCCAAUGAAGUCUAAAGUGAAGGAGCCUUUGAAACGGAAUCAUGUCCCGGUGACGUCGUUUAAGAAAGAAAAGAGGGAGUUCGAGGACAUAAGCUUAGCACAGACAAUAUCGAAGCACAUUGGCACCAUCUGGACGAUUAAAUUUAGCCACGACGGUGCUCGUCUUGUGUCUGGUGGUCAAGAUGCCGUGUUACGUGUUUGGAGGGUUCAGAUUAGUUCCGACGAAGACGCAAAGCUGGCAAAAGAAAGCGAUGAAAAACAGAUUCUAGACACUGAGCCAGAAAGAUCCUACCAGGGGCACACAAUGCCAAUUGUUGAUGUUUCUUGGAGUCGCAGUAACUUUAUUUUGUCGGCAUCGAUGGACAAGACGAUACGAUUGUGGCACAUUUCACGCGAAGACUGCUUGCACGUUUUCCAUCAUCCUGAUAGUGUACCUGCAGUAGACUUUCAUCCGAAGGAGGACAGGUAUUUCCUGUCAGGUUGUUUUGACAACAAAGCGCGCGUUUGGGACAUUCCGGAUGGCUGUGUGGUUUCAUACGUGCAGACACCAGUAAUGAUUACUGCUGCGAGCUUUAAUCCGAGCGGUACACGUGCUGUUGUUGGCUUGCUUAACGGUCAAUGCAUCUUUUAUCAAGUCAACUCACAUCAGCAGAUGAAUUACUACACACAAAUUGAGUGCCGAAACAGCCGAGGGUCCAUGAGAAAAGGGCGAAAAGUCACGGGUAUCGAGUUCGAUCCAGAAGGCAAAUAUUUUCUGGUCAGCACAAAUGACUCGCGCAUGAGGCUUUUUUCGGUCGACAAUUAUUCUAGAAUAUGCAAAUACAAGGGCCUUGUCAAUGGCCAUCUUCAAAUAAAGGGAAGAUUUAGUCAAGACGGCGACUUUGUAAUUUGCGGAUCUGAAAAUGGCUCUGUUUACGUUUGGAACAAGGCGAGAUAUCUUCGGUCGAUGAGCAUAGUCAAAAGCAGCAAACAUGAUCGCAAUUCCUCCUAUGAAUCAUUUAGUGCUGCCGAUCCUCCAAACGGCAUCGUCACGGUUGCCUUGUUUGCCCCAGCGAGUACUUUUGCCAUGGUUAAGUCAAAACUUGAGGCACGUGACGAUGUGAAUUCGAACGCAUGCACGGGAUUGAUUGUGAGCGCAAGCUACGACGGGUGCAUUAAAUUUUUCGAGCGGUCGUUUAAGAGCGUGUAG